UGAAUGUCAUUAAAAAUAGAAAGGAUAUUACACAUUCACAUAUCUCAAAAAGAGAAACAAAGUCUUGAUAGUUGAAACACGAUACGAGUUCACGGCGUAAUAUUGCGUUAAUUGCCGAACUCGAUGGUUUGUGGCACUUGACUGAUCAGUAACAUCACUACGGUAAAAUGAAGUUAGCGAAUUCUGUAGCAGUUAUCACUGGCGGGGCACGAGGAAUUGGUAAAGCGAUAACAAAAUCCUUGUUACAAAACAGAGCUAAGGUGUAUUUCCUUGACCUCGAUGUAACUGAAGGAAAAAUUGUUCAGAAAAACUUUGAAGAUGAAUUUGGCAAAGGAAAAGCGACAUUUCUAGAAUGUGAUGUCACAGACACAAAUAAGAUUGAAGGAAUUUUGUCAAAUAUUGUAAAAGAAAAUGGUCAUCUAGACAUACUUUGUAAUAACGCUGGUAUUGCAGACGGGACGAAUAUAGAUAAACUGAUCAGUAUAAACCUGACAUCUGUCAUUCAUUGUACUCUGCUUGGAGUUAAGUAUAUGGAUAAAAAUAAUGGUGGUAAAGGUGGAUGUAUUGUGAACAUGGCAUCCGAAGCAGGACUAGUUUACCGGACCAAUCUUACAGUUUCAAAUGGCGCCUAUACAGCAUCCAAACAUGGCGUAGUUGGUUAUACAAGGGCUUUUGCAAAAAAUGCUAUCAUGUCUGGCGUUCGUUUGAAUUGCAUUUGCCCCUCGUUUGUUGAUACCGACAUGGUGAAGUUUGGUAUUUCGAAAAGUCCCGAAAUGAAAGCAGCUGUAGAGAAAUUGGGUUGUGUCAGUAGUGAUAUGGUCGCUGAAGGGUUUAUCCAACUUCUGAACGAUGAAGAAAAAGUUGGAGAAGCGAUGACAAUCUCAGCUCAACAUGGAAUUGGCUAUCACGACUUUCCAGCUAACCUUUAGCAAAGUUAUUUUUAUUGAUUUAUUACAAAUUAAAUGUUCACCUGGCCUUGCAUAAUUACAUUUUUUAUUUUUAACUCUGGUUCGCAAGGUUUAUAAUGCUCUGGUUGUAGCCAUACUAGUUUUAAGGCCUAGGUUAUCGUCACAUUUUGGUCGAAUGCAAUUCAACUACGUAUAAGUUUGGCCAAUACGUUGUCACCUAGCUUGGUUGUUCGACGCAACCAGGGUUAGCGCUAACCUAACUUUGAACAACUGGCCCAAAUGCAAAAAAGUUCACUCAUAAGUGAAAUUUUAUUCGUUUAUUCAAAUCUGAAUGUCAUUGAAAAUAGAUAGGAUAUUACACAUUCACAUACCUCAAAAAGUUAAACAAAGUCUUGAUAGUUGAAACACGAUACGAGUUUACGGCGUAAUAUUGCGUAAUUGCCGAACUCGAUGGUUUAGUGACCACUCAGUGAUCAGUAA